CUUUUUUUCUGCACCUCGCCUUACUUGCACGGGCAAUGACGUUUGCGUUGCUGUUUUACAUAAAGUGUGCUUAUGACUUUCUUCAUCAUACCUAGUAGUAACUUAACAAUUCGAUGUUCCGUACAACAUAUCCCCCACGAUAAUGUGUCUGCCUAACGCUUGAAAGUUAGACGAUUCUUAGAUCGCUAUCCUUUGCGACGCAUCCACUAUCCACCUAUGAUAGUCUAUCACUUGCGCACUAGGCGGUGAACCCGUUCCUAUUAAUUGAACGUACUCCAAAAGAAAAUAUCCUUGAAAUCCCAACUUCCCUACAUUUACGAAACCCUUAUGACCCUAUGCAGUUGUCCAGGACAAACCAACAAGUAAUCGAUCGAAUAGUUAAACACUAUGCAUCUACAAAAUACGAAUGGAGUUGCCAACGGUCAACUUGGCCAGUUGCGACACAUUCCUCUUUCAUACGACAGCGAGAACCCUGAUUCCUCCGCCCGCGCCCUCAUCCUCGCCCUACGUCCUGAAUGGUCAAGUCCCGAUUCCAAAAUCGAAUUCAUAUCAUUCAAAGAUGGCAUCACAAACACAUUAUUAAAGGCCAUCAAUAAGAAAGAAGGACUGUCUAAAGACGAAGUAGACAAAGAAGCAGUCUUACUCCGAGCAUACGGACACGGGACCGACGUGCUCAUAGACCGACACAGAGAGACCCAAAAUCAUGAGCUCCUCAUGAACCACGACCUGGCUCCGGAGUUGCUUGCUCGCUUCGAUAACGGCAUGAUAUACCGUUAUAUCAGAGGCACAGUUACACAGCCCGCCGACCUUAGGGAAUCACCGAUAUAUUUGGCCGUUGCGAGGCGACUAGCACAGUGGCAUGCUAUCGUUCCCUGCAUAUAUGAAGCACACCCACUAACUAACGGCGUCAAUGGAGAUGCCAAUGCUUCCCGUGAUAAGGUCAUUGCCCAUGCCGCACCCGGGAAGCCCUCUCCUAACGUAUGGACGGUUAUGCAAAAGUGGAUAUUUGCUCUCCCUACCGAUACGGAGGCUCAACGUACUAGGCAAGCAGAUCUCCAGCAGGAGCUUACUAAGCUCAUCGAGGAGUUGAGCGAACGGCCUGGGUUGGGAGAUAAUGGUCUUGUCUUUGCACAUUGUGAUCUCCUGAGUGGAAAUGUCAUUAUUGAGCCUCAAAGUACAUACACCAAAGAAGGGGGUGAACAGCAGAAGGAAGUCAGUUUCAUCGACUACGAGUAUGCCACCCCCUCGCCCGCGGCUUUUGAUUUGGCAAAUCACUUCGCGGAGUGGGGGGGCUUUGACUGCGACUACAACGUGUUGCCAACACGUGCGCAGCGGUUAGAAUUUAUUCGGGAAUACAUUCAUACUUAUUUCAGUCUACUGCCCGAUAAGCCUAUCAACAUAGACGAAGAAGCUGAAACGCAGAAGUUACUGGCUGAAAUUGAUAUAUUCCGCGGUGUACCUGGGUUCUACUGGGGAAUAUGGGCUUUGAUCCAGGCCACAAUUUCACACAUCGAUUUCGACUAUGCCGAGUAUGCCGAGAUCAGAUUAGGAGAGUACUGGGGGUGGAGAGAAGCGAUCAAGAGUGCGGAAAACUCUUCUGACAAAGAGUUGUCGCCACGAGAAAAAAGAUGGAUGCAACUGAAAUAGAUCCAAUCUUCUAAGGAGGCGCUUGGGUAUUCAUGGCAGCAUUGUAGUAGAUACCACUUUAUAAUAGAGGAUGCGCUUGGAGAACUUCUACUGCGCAUCUGAAUUAACGAUCUUGUAAUGA